CACGCCUGCACGUCUGCGCUCCUGCUCUCCGCCGCCCAACAGACCAUGAAUGACCAUGACUGACGGCCAGCCUCUCUGUCCCGCAUCACGUAUCCCGCGCCGCCCAUGAUGAGCAACGACACUGCUGCGCCCGUCUCGGACGACGAGGUCGUGGCCCUCGCUCGCGCCGCCAUCGAGGCAUCUCGCGAGGAUAUCAACCAGCGAGCCGUAGCCGACACGCCCGCCCCGCCCAGAGAACUGCAGCAGCAGCAGCAGCAGCAACAGCAGCCCGGCAUUACCAUCGACCUAGGCCACAACAACAUUGCCCACUUGCCUGACGAGGUCAUCGAUGUCAUCAGAGCAGAGAUUGAACGGCUCGCGCUCUCCCACAAUCAAUUGACGACGCUCCCACUCCGCCUGAUAGAAUGCAAACGCCUCCGCUACCUCAACGUGCGCUACAAUGCAAUGCGAGAGAUCCCCGAUGCCAUUCUGAGGCUGACCUCGCUCGAAAUCCUCGACGUCAGCAAGAACAAGAUCAAGAUCAUACCCAAAGCGAUUGCAAACCUGACUUCUCUGAAAGUGCUGGCCAUUGCGCGGAACAAGAUCGAGGAGCUGCCCGUGUGCUUGGGCGACAUCAACAGCCUGCAGGUCUUGAAGCUCGACGGCAACCCCCUCCGAUUCCCUCCGCCGGAUGUCUGCACGAUUAGAGACAAUGCCCCUUCCCCGGCAAGCGAGAAUGAGAGAGAUGCGGUUAUUGCCAUCCAGGUCAAGCGGUUCAUGAGACAGCAGAUCUCAAGGGAAAAACAGCGUGUCGACUUCGAAAGAUUGCGAGUGGAAUCUGGAGACGAGAGCUGGAGUGAGAGCAAUCCUGAGACUCCACGCCCUGCGAAACGCCCCAAUGGCGGAAGAUUCCCCGUGAAGCCCAGCAUCAGCAACCUUGACUUCUUCGGAGAGAGCAAGCCCGAUUCUCCAGGAAUGCCUCCUCCCAUCCCAACCCGGUCGCAUUAUCGCGUUCAGUCGCAGCAAAAUAAUGGCAUGCCUCGAAGACCUCCCGUUUCUCCCUUGGUCCUAGCAAAUGGCUCGAAUGAGCGAAACCGAAGCCAAAGCGAGGGUGCUGGCUCGGCAAGCCUCCGCGCGAAGCGUAUGGGGAUAUACACAAAACAAACAUCAGACCUGGGUGCUGUGGAUGAGUUGCAAAGGACAAGUCACUUUCGAGGAUUUAGUCAAGGCUACGUCCUGCCUAGUAGUAAAGUGGCUAAUGGCAUGUCAGGGCCGGCAACAGCCAUUGGCUACGGAGAUACUGGGACGGUUCGCUCGUUGGCUAAUCGUCCUCUUUCCGAUGUUCGCGAGCAUAAGCGCGGUUCCCGAGCACCAGAUAUUGUGGUUGAAGCUGCGAAAAACUUUCUCUACGCCAUCUCCCAAUUACAUGAUACCGUUUCACAUAUGAUGCGGUCGGUCAAACGGACUGAUAGGACAAAAGAAGGCAUGCGCCGAAAAGAAGACUUCUACCGCCGCUUUUCCGCCACAUAUCUCCAUGUCCGGGCUCUAAAUGAACUCCUUCAGCGGUUUGAAACACUGGCAGAAGAAGAUGAGGAAGAAGCCGAAAAGCUCUCCAAGGCUGUAUACCAAUACACCUUAAAGUGCCUCAACUUGUUCAUGUAUAUCAACCUAUCAAUUGCGGAGAACCGGGUGGAGAUCAUCCAAAACUCAGAUCCGCGAUUUGUCCGGAGUUUCUUAUUCCUGCAGCAAGGUACUCUGAUCGAAUUGAGGAACGCCUGUUCUAUCCUCGGCGCAGAGUUCCGAGACACUGCCUUAGGCAGGCGCAGGCCGAGUGGUACUGACACCCUCGCUACUGUGCGGGCUGCCCGACCGCUGAAAGUUCGACGAUACCAACAGACAUCGCCUCCGCAGCGGAACGGACAGUACCAGAUUCCACCCCCAGUGAUUCUUCACAGCAACGAUAAUAGCCGGACGAAUACCUUAACCAGCAUCAGUGCAGCCACGCCUCGUUCAGGAGAAUCCUUUACUACCCUUGCUACGACUAUGUCGCGAACGAACACGCUGACAAGUUCUUUCGACGAGGCUGACGAAGAUGCUCAAUUCGAUCGAAUCUACGGGAAGCUCAGAGCCGCUUGUGAUUCAUGCCGGAACUACAUGCCGCAAAUUUCUCGAUUACUGAAGAAUAACUUUGAGGCUCUAAGGAGGGAUUGGGACCCUGACGAUCCAAAGAUCAAAGUUCUACUCAAUCUGAUUGAGAAGAGUAAUCACGUCGAGGAAAAGACGUUCCCAUUAGCUAAGCGUCUCUCCCAGAUGCAGUUGAAAGACAGCUACACAAGAAGCCAGCCGGAGUUCUGGCAACAGUGUAUGGGCUUUAUCAAGGCAUGGGGCGAGCUCGCACAACUCAGCUCAGGCGAAGGCCGAAACUUAGGGCUUUUGAGCUCCGAAGUCAAGCAGCUUAUGAAACCCCUACAUAAAACGGUCAAGGACGCCAGUUUGGCUAUCAACGAUUCCCCGUGGUCGCAUCUGACUUCGAACAACCUAGGCUUGAUGGGACCCCCAUCCCUCUCCUCCUUUACCUCACGUACACAACCGCCGAAAUUCCUCAGCAAACCCACCGGAACUAUGACGACCGGCGGGGGCCCUUCAUUCCCCGGCCCAAUCAACACAUCUAUCACCUCGGUAGCUUCUGCCUUCUCCCAACCAUACUCGACGGCGAGUCUCGGAUCUGGCUCUGGUGGCUAUGUGACUCCAGUCCCAGCAACGCCACUUAGUGCAGCCCUGGGUGCAGCAGCGCAAGCAACCGUUCCAAAUACCCCGAACCACAUGCCACCGCAAUCCAUACCGUCAACUACCAUCAAUCUUUUCGAGCGUGCAGAUAGACUGCUCAGUCAAACCGCUCGGCGCGUUUGACAUGAGUUUUCUCAAGAUAUGAUGGAGAGAGAACAUGCUUGUUUGCGUGCCUAACUUCUUCGGUUUCAAAACCCUCAGGUAUGUUGACAGAGGUUUAAAUCUUCCCCUGCAUGCCACUCUGUAUCCCCUAGAAAGCCCCAGCUUUCUACUUUUUCCAAUUUCCUACUUUUUGUAUACUAGCUGAGCGAUGGCGUCUGGAGGCCUAUUGCACCAGGCAUGGCUGGUCAGGUGAAAUCGGUGUUUAGGCCGAUUUUUUUACAAUUUUUUUUAACAAAAAGGGACAGAAGUAGAGGGUUUAUUGGCAGCAUACUUGGUGUCGGAAGGGGCUUCUUUUAGGUUGCAUUGGUGAGAUCAUGAGGGUGCCAUAGGUCUUCUGGGCAUGUUUUGCU